ACGACGCGCUGUUGCAAAUUGCGCCCUCCAAAAUGGUGUCCUCGAUCAGGGUCAGCUUUCCAGAGCUGGAAGAGCAGGACGAGGCCGAAGAAUUCGACGACGACGAGCAGCUGUACAAGUCGUCCAAGGCGGUGCUGGCACAACAGGACUCCAAGACCAUCGAACUGCACCAAACCACGCUCAACAACCAGAACAUAAACUUCCUGCUUGUUCCUGUGUUCAGAAGUAAGCUCAUUUACAAUCUUUUUGCGUCCACAUUGUUCCAGCAUUUUGCCAUUUCGAAGCUCUUGUGUUUUGCAACCAGCGAGCUCAGCGGACUGCACACACUCAACAAGCUUGUGUCGCAAAAUUACAGACUGCCGGAAAAACCGCUGCUGCUGAAACAGGUGCCUGACAUGCAGCCGCCAAACUUCAUCACGGGCGCUGCCGGAGCCCUGGUGUCGCACGCAAACAUCUACAACGUGGAGGUGGCAGCCAUUGCAGUUUCUGCAGAGGGCGCAUUCCAGCUCGAUAUGGAGAAAUUUGACAUUUCCGGGCUGGUGGAUCUGGCUGUCAUAGUGGACGACUACCUGGGUCUCAAAGGAGACUACGUCCAAAUUGUCAAGGAGCUCGCAAAGGUGAAAAAAGCGAGUAGUGGCAGCAACGCGUUGUAUAUAUAGUGUAGCGGCCGGAUUGAGAGCGAUUACCCUACC